CAAAACGUUGCGCGCGUGUGCGACGCUCGUCCAGCUCAUCCUCCUCGCGAUUAUCUCUUCGCUAAUCCCUUUCUCUUCCGUUAGAUCAGCAUAGGAUUAUCCUCGAACAUCGUGAAGUACUCGUAUGUCGUCCGCCAUACCAACACGGCGCGCAACGCGGACCACCGGCGUUCUGCCUAACAAAGAGAACUCUACCGCUCGCAAUGUGCACGCGGCGGCUUCUCGGGCAAAACCCUCCUCAGCUAGUGCAGUAGAGAAUGCUAAGCUAUCAGGGAUUGCGCGGCCUACGGCAUCUACGAGAGCGAAGAGCGUCGCCCCGACGGCUUCACGUAUGGAGGCUGCGCCUCCUGUGAAGCCGCAGCUCCAGGUGAAACGUAAGCGAGAGGCUCUGAGUGAGGUGCCACAUCCUCCCGAGAACAUGGCUGCGAAGCCGAUCAACGUUGGGUCUGGCAUGUCCUCCCUCAAGGGAAAGGAACACGUCGACCAGAUCAAGGACAAGUUCGAAGGCGUCGUUCUCAAGAAGACAACCACCACAAUGACAACCAUGACGACAACGACAGCAGCGACGACCACCCGCGCGCCGUUGCGCACCGUUGGUGGUACGACCGCUACCGCCACAUUAUCCACCGCUGCAACCACCCGACGGACUAAGGCGCCUGCUGCCUCCGCCAAUCCUGCAGCCCAGUAUCUAGAGCAUCAACGCGAGCAAUUGCAUCAACUCAAAGAAGUGAAGGAGGAGAUAGAGGAGAACCGAGAGGAGGUCGAGCUCUUACAGGAUGAAAACGCGAUGAUAAUGUCCCCGCAACCCCCCGUUGCUCCUGUAUCUGCGCCUCAACGGGUUACGGCCGCGCGAACUUCUGCGGCAGUAGAGCGACAUGCUAUCCGACCUCGGACGCCAAAACGCGCCGGUCGGACACCGUACGCCCGUCGUCCGGAGGAAGAUGAGGAAGCCGAUCGUGCAAUCAAGAAGCGGCGCACUUCCUCUGACAUACCCGACGAGGAGGCAGCUGCUGAGGUCGAGGAGGCCAUUGGAUUCGCGGGAACGCCAGACGCGGGAACAUCAGACGCGGGAACGCCAGAGGCGGAUCCAAAUGGACUUGACUGGGAGGACCUCGACGCCGAAGAUGCUGACGACCCGCUCAUGGUCAGUGAAUAUGUCGUUGAAAUCUUCGAAUACCUCAAGCGAAUGGAGCAAACAACGAUGCCGAACCCACGUUACAUGGAAACUCAGAAGGAUCUCGCAUGGAAGAUGCGCGGCAUUCUCAUGGAUUGGCUCAUUCAAGUCCACGCACGUUUCACACUCCUGCCUGAGACGCUCUUCCUCUGCGUCAACCUCAUCGAUAGGUUCCUAUCGGCACGUGUCGUCUCGCUUGCGAAGCUGCAGCUCGUGGGAGUCACGUGCAUGUUCAUCGCUUCGAAGGUGGAAGAGGUUAUAGCGCCCAGCGUGGAGAACUUCCUGCACGUCGCAGACUCGAGCUACAACGAGGCUGAGAUUCUUCAGGCUGAACGUUACGUGUUAAAAACGGUUGAUUGGAAUCUGAGUUAUCCGAGCCCGAUCCACUUCCUGCGCCGGAUCAGCAAAGCGGAUGACUAUAACACCCAAGUGCGCACUGUGGCGAAAUACCUCCUUGAGAUCCAGUGCCUCGAAUGGCGCCUCAUCGCUGCGCCGCCUUCACUCCUUGCGGCGGCGGCGAUCUGGUUUGCGCGCAUCAUUCUCGGCUUUCCGGAAUGGACUCCGAACCUGGCACACUACUCCUCUUAUGCAGAGAGUGAGCUGCUCCCCACAGCCAACAUGAUGCUCAACUACGUUCUCAAACCAAUCAGGCACGACAUUUUCUACAAGAAGUACGCAUCGAAGAGAUACUUGAAGGCCAGUGUGUAUGUGCGGCAGUGGGCACUGGAGCGCUGGCACGAGGGCACGAAUGUGAACCUCGCGGAGGUGCUCCCGCGGUUGAAGGAGCUCAUCCAGGAACAGCGGGAGCAGGAGGAGCAAGAGGAGCUUGCGGAAGCCGAGGCAAUAGCCGCCGCUGAGGCCGCGGCGCAAGCGUACUAUGCUAAGCCCACGCCGUACUAUGAGCAUGAGGCGCGUCAGCCCGAACGGGCCCACCACAGCCGCCAAGCCUCUUCGAGCCAUCGGGCCGCUCCAACUGAGCAGGCCUAUCACAGCCGCCACACCUCUUCGAGCCACCAGGUUGUUAAGAGUGAACAGGCCCCUCGCAACAGCCAGCCUUCUUCGAGUCGCCAGGCCGUCCAGACUGAGCACGCCCAUUAUCACCGCCAGGCUUCUUCAAGUCGCCAGGCCGUUCCGAGUCGGCAGGUGCUUCAGAGCCACGAGUCCUACCAGAACCGUCAGACGCAUCCCAGUCACGAGGUGCAUCAGACCUAUCAGGCUCACCAAGGUCACCGAGCUCACCCGAGCGAUGGCCAUGGUGAGGGUAGCCAUGCUCGCCAUGGCUACCAUGGUUGAGCGCUGAGCGUUGAACGUAGACCAUUAAUCUCUCGUCGCUUCGUCUCGUCGUAUCGGAUUUCCUUACAACCUACGUCUGUACAUACACAGCUCACGCAUCUGUUCUCGGACCACGCAAAACGCAACACAUGUCUUGCAUACCCUCGCAUUGGUGUUCACUACUGUUUUCUGUAUAGCCGUCUUGUUGUUGCCGCCGUCCGCUAACCCCGUCCCUCCAUCUAUCCUCCCAUCUCCAUCCUCGUCCCCAUUUCCAUCUUCGUGCCCCGUGGCGCUGGCCCACUCCUAGCUCCCCUCCCCAUCUACGUACGCACAUUUCGGCAGGUCGUCUACGGAAGUCAACUGUUUCCCCUUGUCCUAUACUGUGCGAUUUGCUUUGUACAAUGUGCAAUACAUUUUUAACUAUUAGAUGAACGCCC